CGCGCCUGUCGCGUCUGAGCUUCAUGAUCCCAAUCACGCUGAUAUUGGACAAGUUACCCAGAACUUUCGCCUGCGCAUAAACUUCUUGAUUGAAUUACCUCCUGAACAAAGAUUCUCUGCAAUUAUAUUGAUCACCAGCCCUAUACCUACACUUGAGUGGCCCGCGACGAUGCCGUCAUGGCUCCCGAUCGCAUCACCAACGCUAUUGACAGCCUGAUAACCCACAUCGUACCCAGUGAUCCCAAUGAUCCUGAAGAUGUUGCGCAAGAACGUCACGAUACUUGCUUCGAAAUUGUCAAAUCUAUAAUAGACAGCCCAGUUUCCCCCGCCAUUUCUUCUGAUGUCAACCACGCCUCCGACCUUAUAAAACGAAAGCUCAUUCAGAGCAAUCCCACCCAAGCUCUGCGCUUCUCGAAUUUAUAUACCCGAUUGCUUUCACUUCCUGUGCUAGAACACAAAUGGGCAAUACUCUACCUACUUUAUCAGCUCGCUGAUUCCCCAGACCCUAGCGAACCGCUCCCACUGAGCCCGGUGAAGCCUUCGGCGCCCAACUACCGAGACGCCAUCAGUCGAGAUGCUAUCAAACGGCAAGGUCGGGAACGUACCAGUAGGGCCUCUCGAUUUGAAGAGGAGCAAUUCAAGGAGGCGUUUCAAUCAGAGGGACUCAAGAAAGUUCCACAAAAAGAGAGCAAGCAAUCCAGCAAGGAGGGGGAUCCACGUCUUGAGCCAGCAAAAAGAGAUGUUUCACUGAAAUCAACCUUGCUGGCAAAUAAUUAUUCGGAAAUAGAGCCUCCGGAGUCGGUUAUCCUUAGAGAUCUUCCCUUUACUCUCCAGGGACUAUCAUCAACCAAUCUACCUUUCGCAAAAUCAGAUCUUAUCAAAUUACCGGCGACACUUCCUUUACCAAUCAUUUCCCUACUUCACACUCUGGCUGAGCCCUCGCUGCUUUAUCGCGGCCUCGACGGAUUUUGCAAGACUCCUGCAAAAGGGCUUCUAGGUCAAAGCCUCAGAGCUGCUAUCCACGGUGAGCUUAAGUCAUAUUUAAGUUUGAUAGCAACUCUUGAGACUCAGAUACGAAGAGCACUUGCCUCUCUUGACGAGGAGGCUCCAAGAGAAGGUAUUGGGAGAACAGGUGUCACACUCAAAAGAUGUGUAGUAUGGACACGCGAAGCAACGAUGGGCCUCAGGUUAAUGAGCCUCAUUGCUGAGGAAUCUGAGAAGAACAGAGGGGGCCAGCUUGUCUCCCUGAUUCAUAGUUUCUCUUCUUCCCAUGGAGAUCCUGUGGUGGCCGCAUUCGCAGAGAGACUAUUAAGAAGUUUCACACGGCCAUUUUACGACAUUUUAAGGCACUGGAUUUAUGACGGUGAACUGUCCGAUCCUUUCCAGGAAUUUUUCGUUAGAGAGCAGGCUCCUGACAAAGACCAAGCGAAGGCAAAGGGCGCAGGCAAUGUCUGGGAGGACAAGUUCGAGAUCGCUGCAGACAUGAUCCCCAGCAUCAUUACUCAGGACUUUGCCCAGAAGGUCUUUCUAAUCGGGAAGUCACUAAACUUCAUCCGACAUAGCUGCGGUGAUGCCAUGUGGGUUGAGGAUUACUCUAAAGCUGCUUCCAAAGAGUUAAGGUAUGGCGACACAGCUACCUUGGAAGCUUGGAUCGAUGAAGCUUACAAGACCACCAUGAAGCGUCUUAUCGACUUGAUGGCCAAUAAGUUUCACUUAUUUAAACAUCUUCAGGCGCUCAAGAACUACAUCCUCCUAGGGCAGGGAGAUUUUAUUGCACUCCUGAUGGAAUCUCUGGCUGCCAACCUUGACCGUCCAGCUGGGGCACAGUACAGACAUACUUUAACGGCGCAAUUGGAACACGCUAUCCGAGGAUCAAAUGCCCAGUAUGACUCUCCCGAGGUUCUACGGCGCCUGGAUGCCCGCAUGCUGCAACUAUCUCAUGGUGAUAUCGGAUGGGAUUGCUUUACCCUUGAAUAUAAGAUCGAUGCACCUGUCGAUGUUGUAGUGACAGAGUGGGGGAAUAGACAAUACCUGAAAGUCUUCAAUUUUCUCUGGCGUAUCAAGCGAGUAGAAUUUGCAGUACUGUCAACCUGGCGGAAGUGCAUGACAGGUGCUCGUGGAGUUCUUCAGAACUCCGACCCUGCCGUCUCUCAAACGUGGAAGUCAACACGUGGCGUUCUGGCCGAGAUGAUUCACUUUGUGGGCCAGCUCCAAUACUACAUCUUAUUUGAGGUCAUCGAAUCCUCGUGGGGCGAACUUCAAAAACGGAUCCAGAAGGAGGACUGCACGUUGGACGACCUGAUCAAGGCGCAUACACGGUACCUCAACGACAUCACGCACAAAGGUCUUCUCGGGGCAAAACGACGUACGCACAGCUCUGAUGAAGAUGACCGCACGACAUAUAUGAUGCAGCUCGGUGAAAUCUUGCGGUUCAUGCUCAGCUACAGAGACUCUGUUGACGGACUUUACAGCUGGAGCGUAUCAGACUUUACGCAACGUCAGGAGGCCGAUGUAAGAAGUACCACACGACACAACGAUGAUCACGAUGGCCGUGACACGCCGAUGACAGGUUCUGGUGGCGUGGCCUCCGAGUUCCCCGUUCUACAAGAGCGUCUUCGACACUUGGGUGCAUCGUUCCGAACUCGUGUGCAGAUCCUCCUUGGUGAUCUUGCAUAUCAACCAGAUGUGGAUAUGCGAUUUCUUGGUGUUGCCAUGAACUUCAACGACGUUUAUCAGCCGACACGACGGAAGACUAAGGCAGCUCCUGGAACUGCGACGACGGCGCGAAGUGCUUCUACAAACAGAGGCGAAAAGUGAAGGGGGCCCUUUUUGUCUGGGCAUGGAUCAUGGAAGUUGCAAUAGUUGCCAUGCAUGAUGAUAUGGAAAGAAUUAUAUUUGUAGGUAGAAAAAGGGUUCAAAAGCGCAUGAUUCUUUCAUGCACCUGUGGGACGACUCUUGUUCCCAUGUUCUUACUUCUCCUGUGAAACAUGAUCCGGCCGUGAUGACACUGGCAUUACUGCUCCUUACGUGGUCCAUCAUGUCUUCCUCUACUUUGUUACUUAGAGAAAGGACGCAAAGCCCAAAUCACUAUAGUCGAUAUUGAGCUAGACUUUAUCUGUCCAUUUCUGUCAAGUGUGAUUGGAAAAGAUUCUGGGCCCUGUACCUCAUCACUGCUGAACUGAUAAAGCAUGGGUUGUCUUGUGUGGGACCACUAAAUGGUAGUGAAUCCGUGAUAUCGCUUUGCCAAAUCUGCUAUCAACAACUACAUAUUGACAUACAACCCCCCAUUCCCAUUACAGCACUAUACUGCAUGUCUGUUUCAGACCAUCUCAAUCAUUUCAUAAGCUAGUCGGAUGCUUGUCCUGUC